GUAGGUCAUAAUUGUUCUCAAGCUGCUGCUGCUACACUUUCCUGACCUCUCACUUGGGUUUUCAGCUGUGGUGCUUUCUAAAAAAUAAAACCUCACUUCCUGUACAGCAGGAGAGAGCUAAUGGAAAAGUUAGGUGGGGGGAAAAUGUAUAUUUAUGCACCUUCAGUAGUACAACGGCUUGUCACUGCAGUACCCUCAAGGUCACUGUGCUUAAUACUCUUGAUGGAUGACUACUGUAAUUUCCAGUGUGUAAGCCACACCCACUAAAUUUAGAGAGAAAAACAUUUGUACAUAUAUAAGCACAUCGGACUAUAAGCCACACAAGUCCAUGUUACAAAAUGGCAUAUUGUGGCGCGCACAAGUCUGUGAGGACCAGGCAGCUCCUUGACAUAAGCCAAUCACGAAUGAAGAGGUCGUGACUUAAUAUAACAGUCUGACUCUCGGUGUCAUCUUACAAAGAACGCUAAAAUCAGCAUACAGCAACUUAACACUCAAAAGCUAAGUAAGAAAUAUACAAGGAGAGUACCAAUACGAGUUUAAAAUUAACAACUAUUUUAACUUCAUCCCAUAAUACAUUUUCUCUCAAACAAAGCAUUUCAUUGGUUAUUGCUGCCCAGGCGCUGCAAUGAUGUCAGCCUCCCUCUGGGCUCCUUUGGCUCCCUCAGGUGGACACAAGCAGCAGAAUAUAUUAAUAAAUCAUGAUUCAUAUAUUUUUGAAAAACAGUGACAGAUUCAAGUCAGCAAAGUGGCAAGGGGUUACUGUAUGCCACCUUUUAGAUGUGAGUCACAUGACGCUCAUCUAAUUAUGAUCAAUUAUUGUAGCCAAUCAAUAGCUCCAGUAGCCUUUUUUCCCCAUUUUGCUGUGUUUUUCCUCCAUUAUUUCAACUUUCUUCUCAAAUAUUUGUAAAUGUUCUUCCUAUAAUAUUGUGACUUUAUUCCCAUAAUAUUAUAAAACUAUUUCAACACCUUAAUUUUCCAAAUAUUACAACUUUAUUGUGUUUUGUUUGUUUCUCAGAAUAUUACGACUUUAAAAGAACAAUGUCUUUUUUUUCUUUCAUAUUCCAAGUCUUCUACGUAAAUGAUAAAUUAAUCUUUCUCAUAUUGCGAGUUUAUUCUCAUAAAAUUACAGCUGUUUUUUUCAUUUCUGCAGUUGUUUUUUUCUAACUUUCCAACUAUUUCAACUUUUUUCUUGCAAAUGUUCUUUUUAUAAUGUUGACUUUAUUCCCAUAAUAUUUUUGACUUUAUUCUUGUAACUUUUUCUUCAAACUAAUUUUCUAAAAAUUACAACUUUUUUUUGUUUUCUCACAAUAUUAUCCAUUCAUCCAUCCAUUUUUUCUCCUCAUUAGGGUUGCUGGGGGUGCGGGGGUAUCCCAGCUGACUUCGGGUGACCGGCGGGGUGCAGGGGUACACCCUGGACUGGUCUAAAAAGUUCUGCGAAUCCGUGAAAGGCGAACCGCCAUAGAACGAGGCAACACUGCAUAUCAUAAAAAUAAAGCCAAUAAUGCAAAAUAAACAUAAGUAUGGAGUUUGCAAACAAAAUAUGAACACAACAAAAAAUAGAUACCUGUGAAAAUAAACAUAGAAGAAAACUGAAGUUCUCGCUCACAUCAUGCUUGUAUCGGUCCGAUUAAAAAAUACCUACAUGUGUAUCGAUCUUCCCACCUCUACCCUCCUCCUCCUCCUUCAGCCCCUUCGCUUUAUUUGCUCCAUAUGGUGUUUGACAUGGUACCCAGAACGGGGGGGUGGGGGGAGUGGAGUGGUGUGGGCGGAGGAAAAGCCUUGUAUUUUGUCCGUCCUGAAAUUUGAUUCACAAGUUCAGGAUCCUGGAAGACAAAAAGCUAACUGGAGAGGGGGAGGGAAGAAAGGCUUUUUUUUCUUCUUGUAACUCAACAAAUAGUCCUGCUGGAAAGGUGCCAGGCUGCGUGACUAUGAGCACCUCAGGGCUUCAGGCCAGCGACGGGCAGAACGCGAAGGAGCUCGACAGCAUGAAGGAAUCCAUCAGUGACAUCAUCAACCAGCUCCAGGACAUCGACCCCGCCAGACUCUCCUUCUCCCCCUUCCUGGACUUGGACACUCAGAUCUGCAUGGCCCCCGUGUCCGACAGCCCCGAGUCCUCAGUGGAGGAGCUGCACUCGUCCUCCGGCUCGCUGCGCUCCCUUGAAGCUCCACCAUUGGCUGAUGAGCCAAAGAGCUCCUGCCUCCAGCGGCCCGACGAUGGCCUCCACGAGGAGCAAACUGGCGACACAGACGAGGGAGCGCUGGAUCAAACUCUUUCCACUCCGAUCACCACACAGCACAAUUUGGACGCCGCCACGGAAAACUGCAUCAGCACUCCAACCCUGGCUUCUCAUGGAGACAUUCCCAACGGCACAGACACACCGAGAUGGAGUCCAGAAUCCACUCAUCUGGACUCAACUGCGGAUGAGGGUCGACCCCUCAUAGGCCUACCCCCGGACAGCGUGGAGCUGACGGUGUGGAGCCCAGGGGGCGCGGUAGACACUUGUGAGGGUGCACAUGAGACGUCAGCUGGUGGAACAUGCUGCUGCAAGUGUCGAUGCUGUCACAGCGGCAGAGUUCUCGCCUUCAUCUCAGUGCUGGCGUCUCUCCUGUGUGCAGCCGGGAUUCUCUAUGCACUCUAUUUCUACGUCCACAUCACACCCCCCGACUGCCCUGACGUGGCCAGCCGGGUCGUCUUCACGCUCUGCUGCUGCGUGGUGGCCGCCCUCCCCGUCCUGCUCGCAAUGCUCGCAGGUGCGGCGUGUCGCUUCUGCAGCGCCUCCUUCAGUUGGAGGGAGUCACCACCCAGGAGACACACAGUUCAGCAGCUGUUUGUCACAGCCUCCUUGGAGUUGCUGUUCCUCUACGUCGUCAACCUCAUUGUCAUGGCGGCCUUGCUGCCUCAGCAUGAGCUCAAGUUGGUACCAAUCCUGGUCGCCAUGUUCAUGCUGGGAAGGCUCAUUUACUGGGCAAGCCUGAAUGUGUGCAGCUCCUGGCGAGGCUUCGGUUCUGGCCUGACCGUCUUCCCUCUCCUGGCCAUGGUGGCUUUCAACUUGUUUCUCCUGUACAGCCUGAAUCUUAAGGAGCCGCUUUUCGGCUCCCAGGACGUCCUCCUCAAUCAGGUCACCCCGUCUUCCUGGACGGGGGAGACGUCACAGAGCCCGAGUGGCAAACCAGACGUGCCGGCCACAGACUUCCUGGACUCCCAGUGAGGACGUGUGCUCUCUUCUUUCAAAGGAGGAGAUGGUUACAAAAAUAAGUCAUUCCUGUGGUCUGCAGUCCAGCAAAGCUACACAUGUUGCCACGAUAACCUCUUUGUCCUUGACGACUUGUGAUUUAACUCCUCCUAGACUGGACUUUUUUUAUUGUUUAUCAUUUGAAACUCGAGAGCUCUUUGCCUGCUUGUGGUGGGGGGACUCCUUUGAACCAUGCCCGAGUCUUCCAACACGUGUCCUUUCAAGCUUUUCCAGUACCUUCAAUAUAUUUAAUGCCUUGAACUUGAAAAGUAGCUUAAAAGCUUCACUAUAUGUGUGGGCGAAACACUAUUCCUUGUCAGUUUUUAAAAGUACAAAAUGUUUGUUCUGAUGAAGACAGAAUAAAAUCCACUUGUGGAGAAAAAAAAGCUGACUGCUUUGGCAUCGACCGAGGAGCUAUUCUAGGAGAAACGUGUUUGUGUGCGCAGCGUCGGGACUGUCAUUAUGCGCUCUCCAAGUUGCCCUCCAUCAUGCUGCAACUGCCCUCCUCCCUGCUGCUACUGAUGUUGCUCUCUGUGUAUGUGGCACACAAAACGAGGCCAGAACAAAAAUAGGAGGCCAACAGAAGACUAAUAAAAAUAUAAGCUUAAUAGCAGAAAAUUAUUCUGACUCAAGUUACGCAUUAAAAGUAGGUUUGCAUGCGCUUUCCAAGGAGCAGUAAAGUGAAAGCAACCAUUUAAAACAAACUUGACUAAACCGCUUCAAAGUGUUAUACCUCCCUCCCUUCUCGACACAUUUUGACAACAUUUGAAUUGUGGGCCCGCCGCACGGUGGACUAGUGGUUAGCAUGUUGGCCACACAGUCGCAGUCUGGAGAUCGAGAAGACCUGGGUUCGAAUCUCAUUUCUGUGUGGAGUUUGCAUGUUCUCCCCGUGCGUGCGUGGGUUUUCUCCGGGUACUCCGGUCUAAAUUGUCCAUAGGUAUGAAUGUGAGUGUGAAUGGUUAUUUGUCUAUAUGUGCCCUGCGAUUGGCUGGCGACAAGUCCAGGUUGUACCCGAAGUCGGCUGGGAUGGGCUCCAGCAUGCCCCCGCAACCCUAAUGAGGAAAAGCAAUAUAGAAAAUGGAUGAAUUGUGGACACAAUUUUAAACACAGUCUUUAUGAUUGUCUUGACUUUCGAGGCUUUGCCGAGACCGGAUGUGUUCAAAGUUCUCCAGCGAGGACCACAUGCAUACAUAAAAAGAAAGAAAAUAAUGUCAAUUUAGUAGCAUAAAGUUGAAAUAUGAAAUAAAACCUGUUAUUUUUCUGAAAAGUCCUGAUAUUAGGACAAACAAAACAAAACAAAUAAAGCUGUACAUCACUGGAAAAUUUGUUUGCAGAAAACAUCAGGUGAUGAGAAUAAAAUCAAAAUAUUGUGGGAAUGAAGCCACAAUUACGAGAAGAAAAUGUAUGAGAAGGAAGUAGUUGGAAAAUAAAAAGAAAGAAACGACAGCAGAAUUGGAAAAAAAAACAGCUGUCAUUUUGUGAAAUCAAAAUAUGAAGAGAAGAGUCAUAUUCU